UAUUCCUUCACAGAAAUGUCAAAUCUUACUCUGAGUCAAGUGGAGUUGAGAAAGGAAAAUAGAGACAGAGAAAUAGCUUUUUCAGCUUCAAUGCUGGAAUCUGGCAGUGGAUAUGUUGGUCCUUUUACCACUGAAAUCACACUAACCUACAGGAACGUCUUCACAAACAUAGGGAACGCCUACAACCCAAUUACAGGUGUUUUCACAGCCCCACUGAAAGGAGCGUACAUGUUCAGAAUCUCUGUAUUUAGUUAUGGUCCAACUACAUCAGCUGCGUCCAUUUAUAAGAAUGGAGAGCAUGUGGUUAUGGCAUAUGAUCAUCAGCCUCAGAGUUAUUUACACUCCUCGAAUGGAGUUGUGUUGAUCCUGGAGGUUGGAGAUGUUGUCUAUGUGAGACUGUACCCUAACACAAGGAUAUUAGAUAACUGGAAUAACCACAGCACUUUCAGUGGUUAUCUACUGUUUCCAUUAAGAGAAGAUAAUCUUUGCAAAAUGUGAUUCCAAUAAUUCUGA